AUGGGUGACCCGGUUCCGCCCGGUGUCCGCCCCCAGCAUGCGCCCAUGCCGAGCCACGCACCCGAGCACCUAUCUUCCCCUAGCCUUGGUCUCUUGAGAUCUUGA